CUGGCUCAGUGGGGCUGGGGGGGAAUAUGGACCUCUUGGGGUCCUUCCAGCCCUAUAUUUCUCUGAUUCGAUUUCUAUGAUUAUUUUGCAGCCACUGUUCUGAAACUUGCCGGAUUAAAAGGAUCACAAGAAGAUGGUAGAUCACCUCCCGCACCCCAUCACUGACUGUUCAGAACAUCCCGAGAUCUUCCCCCUUGCAGCAAAACCAGGCGAGGUCAGAUCCCCGCUCCGCCACUCCUCGGAGCGGCGACCGAGCCCAGCCUUUCACAGCUGGCUCACGCAGCGUCUCACAGAUCCAGGGACAUUCUCCCAUCACAGCCCUUGUGUCACAGGCCCGGGCCGGCCCGGCGCUGUGGUGACACCACCCUCUCAUCUCCAGCCCUAGUACCUCGCCCCAGAACUCUGCCGCGACACUUUCCUUUUCCAUGACGUCGCCGGCGGCGCUCCUUUGCUCGCCCGUGAACGAGCAGCAUCUUGUGGCUUCGGUAGCUGCUUCCUGCCCUUUGCACGCAGAGAGAGCACGAGGAGGACUUGUAAGUUCCCCUGCCUCCAGCAGACAUCGCUGCCAGGACCUCGGCGCUCGGGCCGCUGCAGGGCAUGGACUCCCAGGUCAAGGAGGGACCUAGGACAGGGGCUGAUGUCUGGGACAAUCAGGGACCCCUCCUCUUCAGCACAUUUAAACCCAACGGCCUCAGCAAAGAUGACAAUGCGGAUGAGCUGGCCCAGCUGGACAGUGCCAGUGCUGGGCUCAGCAGGACGCCAGCCGGGGCCCAGAAGGAGGAGCAGCUGCCUGGCUCUCAGAGGGACCAGGGCCCUUAUAGCAGAGCGCCUCUCAGCUCGUGGCCAGCGGCCAGCGCCAAGCUGAGCUGGUCCCUGCUCGGGGACCCCGCGCAGGGAGCAGAGACGCGGGCGAGGCUGGGGCCCGGCCUGGAUCCUCCCGAGGCCCCGUCGGCGCUGCAGGCCUGGACCCGGGCGUGGUUCGAGCGAACACAGGCGAGCCGGAUCCGCCAGCAGGGGGAGCUGCCGCCCUGGUUUCACGGCUUCAUCAGCAGGAGGGACACGGAGCAGCUGCUGCAGGACAAGCCGCUGGGCUCUUUCCUGAUUCGCUUCAGUGAAAGCACAGUCGGAUUUGUCUUGUCGUACAGGGGCAGGGAUCGCUGCCGGCACUUCAUACUUGACCAGCUGGAAGACGAAUGCUACGUGAUCCUAGGAGAGGACAGCGCCCACGCCGAGCUUCAGGGCCUGCUUCAGCACUACACCACUGCCCCUGUCACCCCCUACUACGAGUUCCUGACAGCACCAUGCCCCAGGAGCGACAAGAGCCGAGAAAGUGGUGGGAUCCCAGCUGGAGCCGAAGCAGGGUCUGGCGCCCCACCCGAGCCAGCAAAUGUCCCCCCAGCAGCAGGCAGCCAAGCAUACAGCCUGGUUCUCAGACAGCCCCAGGCGCCAGGCCAACAGACCCAUCCCUGCCCGCUGGCUGCAGAGCAAAGGAACCAGGGAUGCCCUUCCAAGAAGGUUCCCUGUUCCGUUCCCCUGCUCCCCGCCAAGGCUGGCCCCGCUCCGAGGCCGAGCAGCCCUGUGCAAGAGGCAGGGGUCUCUGCAGAUCCCUACGCCCACAUCAGCAAAGCGCCCGUCCCCGCUGAGCAGCCCACGCCAGCCCAGCCCACAGAGGUCAAGUACCAGCAGCUGAUGCGCUUCCACACCUACGCUGAGCCCCGCGAGGGCUUCCCGCCUCGUGAACGCCACAUCUACUAUGAACCCGACGAGCCCAUCCCCUUCUAUGCCAUGGGGCGGGGCUCGCUGCCCAGCCCCGACCCCGAGAACAUCUACACGGAGGUAGAGCUGGCGUGCCGGUCCCGGUCCCAGGCUCUACCCAGAGUCCUGCAGGACACAGCCUCCACCCUGCCUCGGGGCUCAUCCAGACCUCCCACCGAGCCAUCCCCAGGACACCGCAGGGUCCUCCGGAGCACAUCAGCGCAGGGGUCCCGCAGGAAGCGGCUGCCUGCAGCUCUCACCGUCGACGGGGGCCAGGGGAGGCCGUCUAGGCCAUCCUCAGAGACCCGGCUGGAGUUUGACGACCCAGUUUACGGCAGGAAGGCAGCCAGCCUGACCAGACCAGUGGCCACCAGGGGACAGGAAGGUCUAGAAAACAUUUACGAGCUGAUUUCUGGAGACCAUCCUAGCCUGCAUGCCUCAGGGAGCAGUAACUCCUAGAGCCCUCCCACAUUCAAGGCAAGCCAGCAGGACACCCUCUGCCAAGGGUUCCAGGGCUUGAGAGCUGCUGGAGAAGACUUCUUCCCCAUCAGCUGCUCUCGAGGAUGCAGAGUUGCUGCAGACAUAAGCCCUCAAGACACUGCUGCUCCGACCGCCUAUCUCACGUUUGUGCAGAGCAGCCUGCUCUGUGAAUUCAAGGCUCACACACAUUCGUGCGCUCUCCCACUUCCAAGGGUGGGAGAUUCAGGAAGCAGGGAAGAUCCUUCCAUGGAAAGGACAAUGAGAUCCAACCCCAGUAAAAAACCCAGCAAGGUCCUCGACUCACAAAGCCUCUUCCUCACAGCUACGACACCAGCUUUGUCCGUUUUCCCAUCCCUCCUGCUCUCUGUCAGAGGUUGCGUGGUACUCAAGACUCAUGUCUAUUUUGGACCUAUGAUGUCAUCUCCUUCCCUUCUCCCCUUGGAGGGGGGUCUUUGCUUUUUGGUGUCAUUGGGCAGUCAUAGAAGCUGUUUCAUGGGGUGGAACUACCAAGUCCAAAUGGGGUGACGAACACGCUCUGGGAUUGAUGGAGAUGCUCACUGACUUGACGCCGCAGAGCUGUUCAGAUAAGAAGGAUCCUUAUUUUUAAAUAAGGGGAAUAAACAGAAGCAAAUGGGAUGAAAUCGACUUACAUGCAGGGUGGGCAGCAUUUAAAUCCUGCUUAAAUGAGGGGUGGGCCUCAGGGUUUAAGUUCCGUUAAGUCCUAUGGACCCUCUGCCGCGUGAUCUGUAACCAUGAUGGGCUGUAUUUCGCUCUCCCUUCCCUUGAUCACCGCCAGGUGCUGUCUGUAAAUAAAAGCAAUGGGUCUUCACUGAGCCGUGACCUGCCCUUAAGGCGUCUUAGCAUCCUCAGAGACAACGAAGAGAAGGAAAAGUAUUUGAUCCAGAUGCUGCUCAGCCCAAGCACAGCUGUAAUUCCUCCCCUCCCCAGCCUGCCAGGUCGACAGGCGGGUUCAAAGGCAGCAUUGUCAGAGAGGAAGGAUGGUCUUUAGGCUCUGGCCCAGUAGCAGACAGGAACCCACGUGUCACCACUGCCGCAUGGUUAGGAGCAGCACGGGGAGGCGAGCAGAGGGUGGAGGUACUGGGGGAUGUGGGAACAGAGUGGCAGGGCUACGAAAUGGACGGAUUGUGGAAGCUGGCAGGCAGGAAAUGCUGCUUGCUACAAGGACGAUUUGCAAGAAGUCUCAGCAGCUGAGGGUUCCUCUAGGUAACAUCCGGAGGAAAGGCCUAGGGAACGCUGCAGUUAGGAGAAAAUAAAUAAAUAUUUCAAAGCCAGAAAAUUCAGAGUGAAGGUGAAACUUCCAGGGGAAAGGUCCCUAAGACCUCGAACGCCCUUACCUCUGCCUCCUCCCUGACCCAGCUCCCUCCCACGGGGGGGAUCUGACUUAAUAUGCACCUGGUAACAUGGCUACUAAGCAGCAGGUGGCCAGCGAGCUUCUGGUGUCUGCCAGACUCUUCCCCCUUCUCCAUCUCAAGACCUACCAUUUCUUUGCGGGGAAGGCAACCGCAAACCCCACCACUGAACAGACCAGCAUAAAAGCAACAGCCAGGCUCACAUGAACCAGCAUCUGGGCCAAGAGGCCCCUCCAUGAUUCAGCUCCACCAAGAGAAGCCAUUUGAAUGUUCCAUGGCCCUGAAAUCUCCCUGUUCAAUUCCAGGGCAGGGGGGAAUCGUUCUGGUUUCCACCGUUUGCCCAGCAGGGUCACCUCCUAUUCUCCGAUGUAGAAAUACUGCCAAUACUCAGGCAAGCACACCUGUGUAUAUGUUUAGAGUAGUCCCAAGUGCUCAGGGUCCUGGCCCUGAUUAAGCUUGGUCUACACUACAGACUUAUGUCGGUACAACUGCAUCGCCCAGGCAUGUGGGAAAUUUACACCCGAGUGCCACAGUUACGCGGAUGGAACUCCGGCUGUACCCAGCAUUACGUUGACAGGAGGGCUUCUCCCAUCAACAAAGCCGUACCUCUCGGGGAGGGGAGAGUACCUACACCCACAGGAGAUACUCUCCCCUGUCAGUGUAGGUAGCAUCUUCACUUAAGCACUACAGCACUGUAUGUGUAGACAAGCCUUAAUGCUUUUUCACAGCUCUGGCAGAAGGGGCCUUCAAGUGGGUGUAAGUUACAGCUGUAUCCAUUGUAAUGCUCCAUGCCAGUAGGGUGCAACAGGGCUUUGGUGUACAGGAGUCAGGCCCCGUGGGUUCAGUAUAUUAAAACCAGUAAGAUCUAAUCACUCUAGUGCCAAUCCAGUUCCUGAGAGUGGCAAGAGUGUGUGAACAAUCCCAUCCCCUGAAGAGGAAACCAGAGGGGUGGUUUGGUUCAUUUAAAAGUUUUAUUCCUUUAUCAAAUCUCGUCAGAGGAUUUCACUGUACAGAUAUGAAUAAAUUACUCAACAGUAAUUUUUCUUCUGGUCAUUGGAACACUCAA